CGGCGAGCCUCCACAAAGAUCACGAUUCAUCCGCAAUGGAACCCUUCCAACGUGAACUACGAUUACGCCUUGCUGAAGCUGGCGAGACCGCUCAACUUCACGGGUAGCGAGAAGGCGCUGAUGCCCAUCUGCCUUCCGACGCUCAACCAAGGAUUCGAUGGAAUGACCUGCACCACCAGCGGAUGGGGACUCACGAAAGACAAGUCCCAGGGUGGAACCAUAUCCCAGUCCCUUCAGAAGGUUGAUUUGCCUAUAGUGCCUUACGCAACCUGCAAAUCGAACUACCAAAACGUUAAUCCAGUCGUAGAAACCACAAUGAUCUGUGCUGGUCCAAAGGCCGGCGGAAAAGGAGCCUGCCAGGGCGACUCCGGGGGUCCCCUGCAGUGCCGCAGGUCCGACGGCCGCUACGUGCUGGCCGGAAGUACGUCGUGGGGAACGACGUGUGCGGCAGCCAAUCAGCCCACUGUGUUUGCGAGAAUGUCUACCCAGGUCAACUGGAUCAACAGCGUCGUUGGCACGACCCCGUGA